AUGGACUCAGGGAGUCAGCCUCCGUCUUCGCAGCCUCUGAAGAGGAGACGCAUUACGAGGGCCUGCGAUAGAUGCCAUCACGGGUCUCUUAAGUGUGCACCUGGUCCGACGCCGCAAUCUUGUCAACCUUGCGCUUCAUAUGGCGCUGAAUGCAAAUUCGAUCGACCAUCCAAGCGUCGAGGGCCAACUGCUCGCUCUCGGACUGACAAGGUUACCGGCCAACUGCAGCGGCGGCAAUCACCCACAUGCAGCUUGGUAAUGGGAACGGGCUCGCCAUGGGAAUAUUCUCACGUUGCCGAUACCUUGGUAAUAGAAUACCUGGCAGAUCAAUAUCACCAGAUUGUCUAUCCCAUCCUUCUAUAUUUCCACUGGCCGAGCUUCUACGCAGAUAUUGUAGCCAGGCGAUACCUGUCCGAUCGAUCCUUCUAUGCUUUAACUAUGGCGGUUUGCGCGACUGCCUCCACCCGACUAUCCGGAGAGUUGCCCCCACGCGUUGCAUCGCUUAUAAAGAUCAAGAAUAAUUCGUCGUUGUCGGGCAUGUUUUACACCGCCUGCAUUAAUGCUCUUCCGGUCCUGCAUACGGACGAGGUUGAGUUCAACUUUAUGCGUGCCGAAGCACUGCUGGGCAUGUUAUGUCUUGAAUAUAACAAUAUUCGAGGCUGCCAUGCUCACCUUCAUAGAUAUUUGGCCAUGUGUGCUGAGAUAGGCUUCAAUGAUGAGAGUCAAUGGCCGCCUGGCCUCACCGCCAUUGAAAUUGAAGAGCGGCGUCGGCUGUUUUGGCAACAAUACCACUUUGAUGUCUACCUUGCCACGAUAUUCGGUUCCAGCAUCCGCCAGCGCGGCCAGACGCAAUGCCAGGUCUUAUAUCCGGCUGAGGUGUAUGACGAUAGCGAUAUUGGGGAGACCGACAUGCAUCUCCGAGGGGACGAUCACGUGUCUUUCAUUCGAGGAUGGAACUUUGUAACAGAUCUGUACCGCAUCUUGGAACAUUUCGUUCAGAAAGCACAUCCGCAAUCCUCACAGCAAGGGCGAAGAGGUCGUCUGAUGAACAAAUUGCUCUCCAGUAAUACAGAUCCGGAUACUUGGAACAUUGCCAAUAUCUUGGCCGUCUCGCAGGAAAUGUAUGAUUCGUUACCUGUUGAGCUUAGGGAAGCUCGCCCUUUGACGGGUCAAAUACAUCAAGACAGGUACGGCUUUCAAGCAAUCAACGCCACGAUUACAUUAACCACCCUGAAAAUGGUCCUUGCCCGGACUGAAGACCGUAGCGUUAAUCAGCUGUGCACCAUGGCUGGGGGUUUUCUUGAUGAGCUUUUAACAAUUCCAACGGCGUAUAUACGCUCGACGUCCACGGCUAUGAUUCAUCACCUUGCGGGUGUAGGACAUAUUCUGGGAUAUGUUAUUACUGCACCUUUAUCACAGUGGACGUUUAUUCAAGUACGAUCCGCCCUCUUAGCUAUGGCCGAGCUCAUAAGCAGCCUUGAAACAGCCAUUAAAUCGUCGUCAGAGAUUGCAUUAAAAUUAAGGAAUCAUGUCGCGCGCAUUGACACGUACAUGACCGAGGCCGUGAAGAACAGCAGGCGAAAUCAAAUCAUACAUAGCGCCAUUCCUUCAAAUGAUCCACGUCUGCUCUUUGCGCAAAACGAUUCCCUGUCAGAACAAGAUACUUUGUUACAGGAACGGGAAUUCCCCCUAGGCUCUUCGGAUGCCAGACAGGACAAUGCUUUCACAAGCGAGUCUGACAUUGGACUCAACAGAACACAAAAUGCGGUAUUUAAUGACCCGAUUUUUGAAGGGUUCAAUUUUCAGCUCCCUGACGAACUAUCACUUGAGUGGCCUUUUUAUGCUAGCCAAGGCGACCCCUUCACCUUCCCGAGAAAUAAUACGAGACGAGGACCAAGCUAA